UGUCUGCUGUCAAUAAUGUAUAGAGGAGUGUACCAGAAAUCUGUCACCGUGUCUGGUGUUAGGGAGUGUCAUCACAUUUCACGUGUUACAUCAGACCGGGUCUGGAUCAGUGAUGGUAGCAAUCUUAUACUGACAAACACAAAAGGAGAAGAACUAGAUCACGUGACAGAUAUACGUAGUGUUGAUGGAGGACACACUGUGGACUCUAAUGGUGAUCUAAUUUAUAUAGACAGUGAAUUUAACAUCAUUAAACUGUCUACAGAAAACAAAGAAAAGACAACGAUAAUAAAGUACAACAACACAUCACCAUGGAUACUACAGUGUGUCUACAGCUCCCCCUCCACUGGACACCUGCUGGUCGUGAUGUGUAGAGAUGAUACAAAGACAGGCAAGGUAGUGCGGUAUAACUUCACAGGAGAAAACAUCCAGACCAUACAGCACCACAACAAAACAGGUCAGGAACUGUAUGGAAUACCUCUCUACAUCACAGAGAACCGCAAUGGAGAUGUUAUUGUGUCUGACUCUGACUGGGACCGUAAUGCUGUAGUGGUGACAGAUCGUGAUGGUAAUUACCGGUUCUCCUACACAGGUCCUCCAUCAGGAUCAGUACUAGAUCCACGUGGAAUCUGUACUGACGCGCUGUCACACAUCCUGGUGUGUGAUCCUAUCAACAAGUCAGUACAGAUGAUAGAUAGUGAGGGCCACUAUCUGACAGAGAUACUAACAUCACAACACGGGAUAUACACACCAUCCGGCCUGAGUUAUGAUGAGGACACACACCUACUGUGGGUAGGGUCAGGGGUCAACAACACAGUCAACCUAUACAGAGUGGUAGAUACAGAAUCUCUGACUGGACUCCCUCUGGAGGACAUCAAAUGUAGAAAACAUCCCAGAAUUCCCCUGGACCAGUUCUGUACCCCGUGUGGUGUUCCCUUGUGUGUGGAGUGUACCAGAUCUGAGGAUCACAGCAGACAUGACCUUAGAAAGAUAAAAAAAUUGUUUGACAACAUAGAGUGGACAGAAGGUGGAAAUACACUUUUGAUAUGCCUUCUUCUUUCCAAUUCCUACAAAAUAAACAUGAAAAAAGGAAACUGGAUGACGAAAUAUAAUGCUGUUGCCAAAAGUUUUCAUUCCAAGGAAAUCACAAAGCCACUUACUCUUACAGAUUUAGAAGAAUACAAGCCAAUUCUGAAACUCAAUGAAUCAGAGAUCAGUUUUUCCAAUGAAUGCUUCAAAGAUAUCAGUUUCUUAAAAUUAUUAAAGAGUCCUAAAAUAAUCAGAGACAGGAAUAGAGUUUAUACAGUAAACUUUACUGAUAUUUUCUUGACUUGGGCAGAAAAAGAAAACAUUGCUGAGUACUGUAGAUCCUGGAAUUAUCAGAGAGGAGAGGAUGAAGUUUGCUGUUGGUUAAUGCCAGAUAAAAAUGAAGAGUUUUUAACACGACUAGGAGAAGAUAUUUUCACGAACCCAACAAUGGAGGACCAGUCAUUCCAUGAGGCCGUAUUUAGAAAAUAUGGAAUACCAAUGCAGAUCAUCUUAAGGGGAGAUAAAUCUGUGAAGAAUUUCAUCGAAAAUCUGAAGAAAGGGAAGACAACCAUGUACCACGCCUCUGGGAUGAUAAUAGGGUGUGCUGGUAGUGGUAAAACAACAUUGUUAGAGAGACUGAAGGGCAUUGACCUGGAAGAAAUAAAGAAAAAUAUCAGUUCAACCCGGGGAGUCGAUAUCCACACAGAUGUCUUUGAUGUGAAGGAUAGCAUCCAAGGUAUAAUUCUUUAUUCAUUGUUUUCAUUGAUCCUGAUGAAUAACUAUUGUAUGAUGGACUUCAAAUUAAAACAAAAUGGAUCAUUUCACAACGGUCAUAUUAAGGACCCUCUCUACACAA